AUUUAACGUGAUAAACUUAAUCAAAACAUGGUAUUAAUAUCUGAAACUUACAAGGCGGAACUAUUCUCCGGCGUCGGAGUAUGAAAUGUGUGACACCAGGAAAAGGGUGAAAGUUGAAGGGUAUGCGGCAGCUUCUGUCAACAUUAUGGCAUCCAUAAGCGCAAAGCAUGGAAUACUCUCUACAAAAUCUUCUCUUCAGAACAAAAUAUUACCCUUCUCUGUUUGCAUACAAAGAGCGACAGAAGUGAAGAGUUUAAGAGCCUCAACAAACUCAACUAAUCAACAUAACGAAAAAUACUGCAUAGAUCUCGUGAGGUCGCGGGACUAUGAUGGAUUUGUGUGUUCACUUCUUUUACCUGAAUCGGCGCGUCGGUCCUCCUUGGCUCUGAGAGCUUUAAAUGUGGAACUGGCACAGGCAGGUGAAGGACUCAGUUUCCCAAAAAACUAUUGGCUUGAUGCGAAUGCAGUUCUGGAAGACAGCAGUGGAAGAAAUUUACAGGGAUGAUCCCCCAGUCCAGCCUAUUGGUAUUGAGCUAUGGAAGGCUGUUCGGAAGCAUACACUAACCAAAAGGUGGAUGUUGAGAAUUAUAACGGAGAGAGAGAAAGAUCUGGAAGACCGGGCGUACAGGACUCUGCAGGAACUGGAGACCUACUCUGAGAACACCCAGUCCUCUCUUCUCUACCUCCUCCUCGAGACGCUAGGUGUGAAAGACGUGCACGCGGAUCACGCCGCCAGCCAUAUUGGCAAGGCGCAGGGCAUCGUCACGUGCCUACGAGCGACGCCGCACCACAGCCGACGGAGACGAGUCUAUCUGCCCAUGGACAUCUGCAUGCUGCACGGCGUGUCUCAGGAAGACUUCAUCCGCGGCAGCAGAGACCAGAACAUCAGAGACGUCGUUUACGACAUCGCCAGCCAAGCACAUGUACAUCUACAGCACGCCAGAUCAUUCAGCAAGAGCGUUCCAGCUGCCGCAUCUGCUGCCUUUCUACAAACAGUUGUUCUGGAGGAUUACCUGCAGCGCGUGAGGAAGGUGGACUUUGACGUCUUCCACCCGAGCCUCCAGAAGAGAAACCCUCUCCUCGCCCUGCAGCUCUACAUCAGGUCCUGGAAGACCACAUACUGAAGACAAAACCUGGACUGGCCCUACAACACAAAACAUAAGAGAACAUACUGAAGUGAAACCCUCUACUCAAACAACAUACUGAAGUGAAACCCUCUACUCAACAUGCUGAAGAGAAACCCUCUACUCAACAUGCUGAAGAGAAACCCUCUACUCAACAUGCUGAAGAGAAACCCUCUCCUGAAACAACAUACUGAAGAGACACCCUCUACUCAACAUGCUGAAGAGACACCCUCUCCUCGCCCUGCAGCUCUACAUCAGGUCCUGGAAGACAACAUACUGAGGAGAAACCCUGGACUGGCCCUACAACACAAAACAUACUGGAGAGAAACCCUCUACUCAACAUACUGGAGAGAAACCCUCUACUCAACAUACUGAAGAGAAACGCUCUACUCAACUGAGGAGAAACCCUCUCCUCGCCCUGAGGUCCUGGAAAA